UGUGAGGAAACGAGCCGCGGAUGGUGAAAUAGAGGUGAGAUGGAAAUUUAAGCAGCCAGAUGAAGACAUGGGCAGCACUGAGCCUUCAGAGAGCUCGGUGAUGAUCAAUGAAGAUCCAGAGAAUGAAGAUGAGCAGGAGCUUCCAGAGCUGAGGAUCGUCCUGUUCGGGAGGACGACUGUUGGGAAAAGUACGCUAGGAGGCAUCAUCCUGGGGGACAGUGCUGCAUUCACGUUGAGCGAUCCUCAUGGAGAGCGCACAAAGACCUGCCACGUGGAAAGAAAGACAGACUCUGACAGUCACAGCGUGGUUGUUGUGGACACUCCGGGUCUGUUUAAAAUGGGAUCAAGUGAAGAGGACGUGGUGAAAGAGAUCAAGUGGGCCACUGAAAACGUUGAACCUGGUCCUCAUGUGUUCCUGUUGGUGGAAAGGCUCAAAAUCAUCACAUCUGAAGAGUUAAAAGCACUGCAGGUUUUUGAACGCACUUUUGGCAAACGUGCAGUGGCCUACGUUACGGUGGUGUUCACCCACAAAAACGAUCCGGGAGGGAACGAAGCUGACAUAAAAGAGGGCAUGAAAGACAAUGAGCACCUCAGGGAACUGAUUGAACGGUGCCAGUGGAGAUAUUUUAUUUUUAACAUUGCUGACAGGAGCCCUGUUCAAGUCACCCAGCUGCUGGAGAAGAUAACUCAGGAGAGACAAGAUUACUCGGACUUCUUCUACACGCCUCAGAUGCUCCAGGCGGCUGAAAAAGCUGCGAACGAGGAGCGAAGCAAAGACGACCGCAGGAGGAAAGCAUCAGAAAACAGACUGGCUAUUCUUGAGAAGAGCGGAUUGUUGGGAAUAUUUCUCGGGAGUGUUGUUGGGUAUUUUAGCUGUGGUGGUGAGCUGACACCUACAUCAGGAGCUCUACUGGGAGCUUUACUGGGUAUGAUACUGAUAAUGGGAAUGACAUUUUCAGGGAUCUGUGUAUUCGAGAAAUACCAUAAAAAGUGACUUUUCACUCAUCUGCAGGGAAUCCUGAGCUGGAAACUUUCUAAAGUUACUUAUAGCAUCAACACAGUGUGACACACUGACACAGCAUCUGUGAGAGAGGGCUGAUGCUGCUCUAUCUAAAGUCCUGUAAAGACAUGGGCGCAGGCCAAAGGGAAUAUAAAAACCAUCCACUGACAAGACACUGCCCCCUGUUGGUAAAACAAGCCACAACAUGCUGCAUGGCCAAAAGCAGCAUCUCACAGAAGAACGCAAACAAGUCGACACAUGUUAGUCUGUUAAUCUACAGAACCAGUCAGACCUCUGAACAGCGGAUCAGGACAAAGCUGCUCAAAGAAACAACCUGCAUACAAGCACAACAUGCAGUGAAAUGUGACCUGAUGCGCUCCUGUGCAGAAACAGAGAACAUUAUAGUAAAUACAUGCAAAGAGGACAUUAUGUGCAGUAAGCGAGUGAAUUAUAUACAUCAAGUAAAUUCAAUAGAAUAAAACAAUCUGGAAAUUUGCAGUUCGAAAUUCGAGAAUGUACAUUGUGAGAGUGGGGUGUGAAAGUGAAGCCAGAUCAGGAUGUGAUAACAAUGAGUCCUGUCUCAGUCACUUAUGGUUGAUGGAGCUUGGGGGGCAAAGAUAGAAGCUCCUCUUGAGCCUCUCUGUUCUAGCCUGCAUGGUGCCUGAUUACAGAAGCUGGGACAGUUUAUUGCUGGAUGGGUCCUUCCAUAUCUGAGCGGCUCUGGUUCAGCAUCUUCUGAUUUAAAUGUCAUGUACAGGGAAAGCGUUCUGCCGUAUGGAGCAGUCUACGAAGAGCUUUUUUAUCCUUGACACAGCUGGUCUGUGUGAGGAUGCUCUCCACAGCGCCUGUAUAGAAAGUCCUGAGGAUCGCUGGAGAGACCCUGAGCUUCUUUAGUUGUCGUAGGUGGUACAGGCGCUGCCUGGCCUUUCUGGACUGCACCUGGAUGUGGGCAGACCAUGUCAGGUCUGAGGAGAUGUGGACACCGAGAUACUUGAUGGAUUAAAACAAUGAUCGGCACACAAACUGGUCACACGCUGCCUCCUUGUGGUAACAAUUUUCAUUACAUGUCAUUACAAACGUGCCUCUGGCCAAGUCUGUCCAUUCAUCCAUUCAUUCUCUUCUGCUUAUCCAACAAUCCUCACCUUAAUUAUAUCUUCCUCUUAAAUGUUGUAUCCUUGUCUUAUUUAUACCCCUGCUAGCUUGCAUUGUUUUUCUACAUAUACAUAAUAUUUUUAACUUCUGUUGUUUUGUGUCACUGGGACCUAAAUACUUCAUCUGUUCCUGUUCUUAUACCUCACGUGUUGGAACAGCAAAGCCCAAAGAUCCAAGUUACCCAAAGAAGACAGGAAGAACUGACAGCACGAUGCAUACAAACCAGGACUAUGAAGCCAGGUGUAGGAACCAUUUUGUGAUGUUACCUUAUGUGUGAAACUUUUUGUGUGUUUAUGUGACUGUAUUUAAGGUAGACACACGUAGUUAAUGUGAGGUGUUGUUGGUCGGACGGAGCAAACGGUUUGUGAUUUAUGUUACGUGAUGUUGGAUACUGUUGAACAACAAAUACAGGAAUGUAUUAAAGAUGUUAUA